UCAUACUUGCCUAGAUUUUUAAAUUUCUAAUUCCUGGGAGGCUUUUUGUUAAAAGGUAGGUAAGGAGUGGAAGAUGGAAAAUAAGACACAUUCUUUAGUUAGCUGUAAUCUUAAAACACCAAAGCUCCUAUUUCACCCUCAAAGAAUUAGUCUUGUAAUCUACUAACCCUUGUGCCAUAAAAUUCCAACCACAAUAGCACCAUUUUCACAAUCUGUUGGGUUUUAUCGCUUUCUAAGGCAAUGACAUCUUCCAGUGUCCAUUUGUGUGGUGUCAAAUUAUCCCUACUCAUACACUUUAUGGCUGCCAUUUUUGAGACUUUUCAUUCAACUGCUAUUUUAAAACUUUCCAGCUCAGUUAUUCUUCCAUAAAAAGCAAUUCUAUAAAAUGCCAGUCACAUUUCCUAGGUUAGUAACAAAUAAUAUCGUUUCUAAGACAAAAAUCAACUUGAGAAAUCAUUAGGAAACCCCAAUUGUUAUUUUUUGACAUUAAAACUUGUUAGCCCCUGUAGGUAACAUAGCUUACACAAAUAUUCUAUACCGGGAGCUUCAUUCAUAAACAGGAGAAGCAAUCGUGGUGCGAUUUAGGGAAGAACAGAAGGUACUCCUACUGUGGACAUGUCCUCAAGUUCUAGACACCUGUCCAUUUUGACUUUUGAACACAUCCAGAGGUGGUGCUUCUCCAUAAAGAUUAGUGUCUUGUCUCUAAACAAAUUCUUACUAGAACACUAAUUUUAUAAACAAGUAGACCCUCUCCUUGCCGUUUCGCCCUCAUCCCUACAUUCUUGUGAGUACUGCUGAGUUGAGAAAAUAAUCAGGAGUUUGGAGGCCACCCUUCUGCCUGGAAUCAUCUGGAGAGUUGAAUGGCCUGUGGCAUGGAGUUGUUAUGCAAGAGGUGCCUCUGGCAGAAGGCCACCAACCCCUUCCUCCUGGGCGGCCGGAUUAUCUGCCAGCUCGGCCGUAGAGACAGAGCUCUGAGUGUCCACACUGUGGAAGUCCUUGCAAUCAGCGCCCUUCCGCACUCUGUUGCUUGGCCCUGCAGAUCUGUUUUCCCUACCUCUUGGCCUUCCCUUGGGUUUCUAGAAGGACUUUCAUGUCUUUAUUUUAGUCCCCUUUCUGCUAUCAAGGCUCCUUUAGUUUUCUUAGGCAAUUUUUACAAAGCCUUUAAUGCAAAAUAAACUGAAUGGCUAGCCAAGAAGGCAGCUGGAAAGUGCCCAGAUUUGGCUGUUGUGUAUUGGACCCCACCCCCUUCUGCAUCCAUGACAGGCAUAGCAAUGCGGCUGCCCUAGAGGCCACUUCAGGUUUGGAAAACCGCAGCUUGCUCCUAGAAUCCUGAACUUGAACCUCAUUUGAGACAGCAAAUGACCAGGAUGAUUUGCCCUAUUGAAGCCUGUUAAAACCGGACAAAAUUUUUGAAAGAAAGGGAAACAGUUCCUUGGAUUGUAUUCAGGGAUUUGCUUUGAGAAGGAAUUUGAGUUUUUAGGGGGAAGCCAAAGACAAGAUUCAAGUGAAGCCUGGCCUGAGAAUGCACCAGGAACUAAGAUGAAGAUUGACUAACUCGCAAUCAAGCUUUCAGUCUCUGAGUGGGUGGAGAGUCUCCCUUCAGUCUCUACACUGCCUUGGUCAAAUCACUUGCAGCCUGAACUUUCAAAGUCACACUAGCAACCAAGUUAAACAGCCACAUGCUUGUGGCCUGGGAGCUUGGGCUUAGUGGUGUGGAGGCUCUUUGAGAGUUGAUUCUACACAGCCUGUUUGAAGGUACAGUGAGGAAGGAGAAGGGCUUAGUAAUUACCAAGGACGAAGCAGAUCCACCUGCCCAGUGUCGGGAACCUGCUGUUCCUUGCGGUGCCAUAACUUGGCUUCUGGCUUGGGUUCCAGAAAAGGCAGAAGUUUCUUCCUACAAGCAGGUACCAGCUCUUCCUGCUCCCCAGGAGCCAUUAGCCCUGUGUCCUGCAGCCCACCAGUGGCCCCCAUCCCCUGCAAAAUGUCCAGCCAGGAUUUGAGCCUCGCUGCCAAACUCAUCAACGGAGGAGUGGCAGGGCUCGUGGGGGUGACCUGCGUGUUCCCCAUCGACUUGGCCAAGACACGGCUGCAGAACCAGCAUGGGAGAGACACAUACAAAGGAAUGAUGGAUUGCCUAAUGAAGACAGCACGUUUGGAGGGCUUCUUCGGCAUGUACCGAGGGGCCGCAGUGAACCUCACCUUGGUCACCCCGGAGAAGGCCAUCAAGCUGGCAGCCAACGACUUCUUCCGGCACCUGCUCAUGGAAGACAGGAUGCAGCGGAACCUGAAGAUGGAGAUGCUAGCCGGAUGUGGGGCUGGAAUGUGCCAGGUGGUAGUUACCUGUCCCAUGGAAAUGCUCAAGAUUCAGCUGCAGGAUGCUGGACGCUUGGCGGGGCAUCCCCAGGGCUCGGCCUCGGCUCCUCCAUCCUCCAGGUCCUACACCACAGGCUCAGCUUCCACCCACAAGCGCCCGUCUGCCACCCUCAUUGCCUGGGAGUUGCUGCGCACACAGGGCCUGGCCGGUCUCUACAAGGGCCUGGGGGCCACGCUGCUCAGAGACAUUCCUUUCUCCAUCAUCUACUUCCCGCUGUUCGCCAACCUCAACAACCCUGGAGUCAGCGAGUCCACAGGGAAGGCCUCAUUUGCUCAUUCCUUCGUGUCAGGCUGUGCUGCAGGUUCUGUGGCUGCUGUGGCGGUCACACCUCUGGACGUUCUGAAAACUCGAAUCCAAACCCUCAAGAAAGGCCUGGGUGAAGACAGCUACAGCGGGACAGCUGACUGCGCCCGGAAGCUCUGGACCCGGGAGGGACCGGCAGCCCUCAUGAAGGGGGCAGGCUGCCGCGCCCUCGUCAUCGCACCUCUCUUUGGCAUCGCCCAAGGUGUCUAUUUCAUUGGUAUUGGGGAGCGCGUCUUACAGUGGCUAGAGUAGCUCGGGCUGGAGCGCCCAGUCCCCUCCCGCUGGGACCUCCCUUAGACUAGAGGGGGUGGAGUAAGGCACCGCCCAGGUUGUGCUCCGCCCUGCCCUCUGACUUGUAGUGCUACCUCAGCCUCAGAGAGACGGCCCCAUCCUAACAGGAAAGUUGUUACUCCCGUCGAUGAAAGCAGCAUUCAUUUCCUGUGGCAGUGGAGCUACAAGGCCCUUAACAAUGCUAGCUUUGGUUGUGUUACCCAAGACCUUCGCUGUGAGGAACAGCUGAAGGGCUGUUUCUGCAUUUUAACACUGCCCUUUCACUCAAGCUCAGUAGACUUGAGUCAGUGGGAGGAUUUAAUUUGGUUAAUCUCAAGUAAAUAACAUGGUUAGUUCCAACACGGAUGUUAAGGAGAGGUGUCAGGGGCCCAAGGGCACUAGCGCCAGAGCUGGCUCGAGCUAGGGACCCCCGUGAGCAUCAGGCAGGGCCAGGCCCAGCAGCUGUCCCUUGCCCCAGCCCUGCUGAAGCACACGCUUCAGCACUGGCACCCCCACCCACCAUGACAUCCACGGGGCACUGGCUGAAAUAAAGCUCCAUGGUUAGUGUCAUCUUGUGAGGGAA